AUGAGACAGAUGGGUAGAGCAAGAGAAGGUGACGAUGAUGAGGAUGAAGAUGGGGAAGAUCUAUUCAAUGAGCGAAUGAUGGAGGAUUACGAUGCCAACGAUGCUCUCGAUACAUACUCCCAAGCAGAUCUGGAUGAUCGAUCUUCUGUCGCCGAGAUGACUCGAGGUGAACGACUUGCCGCUGAACGAGCGAUGGAUCGAAGGGAUCGAGGACUGGGAGGUAGAAGAGCAGGAAGAAGAGAUCACAUGCCUGCUUUCUUACAAUCAGAUGAUGAAGAUAUGGAUGGACUAGGUGAAGGUCCUCUGGCAGGUAUCAAUACUCGAAGAAGGAGAAGGCAAUAUGACGAGAGGAUGGACGAAGAUGAUGCUGGCGAAGAAGAAGAGAUGUCGUUGGAACAUCUGGGUGAUGUCAAAGCUGCUUCUAUCGCUGAAUGGGUUUCAAUUGAUUCCGUGAGAAGAGCGGUGCAAAAGCAUUUCAGAAGUUUCUUGAUGACUUAUGUCGAUGAGAAUGGUCAAUCCGUAUACGGGCAACGAAUCAAACAUCUGGGUGAAAUCAACUCCGAAUCUCUCGAGGUAUCUUUCCUACAUUUGGCUCAAUCACGACCUAUCUUAGCCUAUUUCCUCGCCAACUCCCCUCAACCUAUGUUAGCUCUUUUCGACGAAGUAGCUCUUGAAGCUAUCCUCUUAUACUACCCCUCGUACGAUAACAUCCAUUCCGAAAUUCACGUUCGAAUCACCGAAUUGCCAACCUCACUCUCACUUCGAGAUCUGCGACAAUCCAACUUGAACUGUCUUGUGAGAGUCAGCGGUGUAGUCACUAGACGAACUGGUGUUUUCCCUCAAUUGAAAUACGUCAAAUUCGACUGUGGUAAAUGUGGUGCGACUUUGGGUCCUUUCUUCCAAGACACCAAUAAAGAAUUGAAGAUCUCCUUCUGUUCAGCUUGUGAAAGUAGAGGACCAUUCAGCGUCAACUCGGAACAAACCGUUUAUAGAAAUUACCAAAAGAUGACCUUACAAGAAUCCCCUGGAAGUGUUCCCGCUGGUCGUUUACCUCGACAUAGAGAAGUUGUGCUUUUAUGGGAUUUAAUCGAUAUGGCUAAGCCUGGAGAAGAAAUUGAAGUUACUGGUAUCUACCGAAACAAUUUCGAUGCUUCGCUUAACACCAAGAAUGGUUUCCCUGUAUUCUCAACUGUACUGGAAGCAAAUCACAUUAACAAGAAAGAAGACUUGUUCGCUGCUGUUAGGUUGACCGAGGAAGAUGAGAAGAUGAUUAGGUCCAUGGCUAAAGACGAGAGAAUCGCCAAGCGAAUCGUCAAAUCGAUCGCACCAUCGAUCUAUGGUCACGAUGAUAUCAAGACUGCUAUUGCGUUAUCUCUCUUUGGUGGUGUACCGAAAGACAUCAACCGUAAACAUCGAAUUCGAGGCGAUAUCAACGUAUUAUUACUGGGUGAUCCCGGUACAGCCAAAUCCCAGUUCCUGAAAUACGUGGAGAAAACAGCAAGUCGAGCGGUAUUCACUACUGGUCAAGGAGCUUCUGCGGUCGGUUUGACUGCGUCCGUCAGGAAAGAUCCAAUCACUAGAGAAUGGACUUUGGAAGGUGGAGCAUUGGUAUUAGCGGACAAAGGACAUUGUCUGAUUGACGAGUUCGACAAGAUGAAUGAUGCGGAUCGAACUUCCAUCCACGAAGCUAUGGAACAACAAUCUAUCUCGAUUUCCAAAGCUGGUAUUGUAACUUCCCUCCAAGCUCGAUGUGCGAUCAUAGCAGCUGCGAAUCCCAUCAGGGGAAGAUACAACCCUACGAUCCCCUUCCAACAGAAUGUGGAACUUACCGAACCGAUCUUAUCCCGUUUCGACGUGUUGUGCGUAGUGAAAGAUGCGGUGGAUCCAGUGCAGGACGAAAUGCUCGCUCAGUUCGUGGUCGGAUCGCAUCUCAGAUCUCACCCACAGUUCAAUGAGGCGAGAGAUGAGGUCAACGUGACUACUUCGGUUGAUGCUGAUAUAAUACCUCAAGAUGUACUCCGUAAAUACAUUAUGUACUCUAAAGAACACAUCCGACCUAAACUUCAUCAACUUGAUCAAGACAAACUUGCUCGACUUUACGCAGACCUUCGAAGAGAAUCCCUAGCUACUGGUUCUUUCCCUAUUACAGUCAGACAUCUGGAAUCGAUGAUCCGAAUGUCAGAGGCCAGUGCGAAGAUGCACUUGAGAGAGUAUGUCAGAAGUGAUGAUAUCGAUUUGGCAAUUCAGGUGGCAGUGGGAAGUUUCGUGAAUGCCCAGAAGAUGAGUAUCAAGAAGACUCUUGAAAGGGGAUUCCGAAAAUACGUGCAUCAAGCUACAGAUCACGAAGAACUGUUGUCUUUCUUACUUGGACAAAUCGUCAAGGAAUUAUCACAACAAUAUAGAUUACAACGUGGUACCGAUCUUGAAAAAGUACAAAUCAAAUUGAACCAAUUGGAAAAGCGUGCGAAAGAAUUAGAAAUUUAUGAUGUGGGACCUUUCUUGAAAUCUCAGCUGUUCAGGACGAAUGGGUAUAAGUUGAUUGAUUCGGAGGGACAAGGGAAGGUCAUUGAGAAGGUUUUUACCAGAGGUUAG